CUCAGAUCACUUGUUGUUGUGAAGAUGAAGUGCCCUGCUGUUUGCCUUGUGGCGCUGGCCUUGCUUGGCAGCUUGUGCGAUGCUCAGUGGCAAAAUUACAAGCCCUCGCCACCUAAACCACCAAGGCAGGAGAUUAAGAAACCUGUAGAGAACCCACAGAUAAAGCAGACAUUUGAAAAACCCCUUACCUGGACAUACCCUGAAGACCCUCAACCUCCGGAGAAAGUUGAGGUGCCAUUCGAGCUGAGAUUUCCUGUUCCUGCCGCGACUGUUGCUGUUGAGUGCAGAGAGAGUGAGGCUCAUGUGGAAGUCAAGAAGGAUAUGUUUGGGAUUGGCCAGUUUAUCAAUCCGGCUGACCUAACCCUGGGAACCUGUAGUGCUGUCGCAGAGGAUAACGUCGCCCAUGUGCUGAUUUAUGAAUCGGCACUCCAAGCUUGUGGGAGCACAUUAGUGUUGACAGAGGAGUCCCUAGUCUACACCUUCACCCUGAACUACAACCCCCAGCCUGUGGGCAGUUCUCCCGUGGUGAGGACAAGCAAAGCUGCUGUAAUUGUGGAAUGCCACUACCCAAGAAAGCACAACGUGAGCAGCCUUCCCCUUAAUCCCGUCUGGGUCCCCUUCUCUGCGGUCAAAGUGUCAGAGGAAUUCUUAUACUUCACCAUGAAACUCAUGACUGACGACUGGCUCUAUGAGAGGCCAAGCUACCAAUAUUUCCUGGGAGACCUGAUUAAUAUUGAGGUUAUCGUCCAGCAGUACUUCCACGUACCCCUCCGUGUUUAUGUGGACCACUGUGUCGCUACUCUUUCGUCUGACCCGGCCAGCAGCCCCAGAUACGCCUUCAUUGAGAACAAUGGCUGUUUGGUUGAUGCCAGAAUCACAGGCUCCUCUUCGAGGUUCCAGGCUCGCACUGCAGAGAACAAGUUGUGUUUCCAGUUGGAGGCCUUCAGAUUCCAGGGUGCUGACAGCGGAUUGCUCUAUCUUACCUGCCACUUGAAAGCAACGUCUUCCUCCAAUAGCAUUGACAGCAGCCACAGAGCAUGUUCCUACAUCGCCGGGUGGAAAGAGGCCAGCGGCAUUGAUACAGCUUGUGCCUCCUGUGAGACUGGUGACUUUGGAGCUUCCAAUUCAGGAGUUGUAUCUGGUACCUCAUCCAAUCCUGGAAGGAAGAUUCGUGAUGUGUCCAAAGCUCAGGCUGAAAUUGUCGAGUGGGAAGGUGACGUCAGAAUGGGUCCCCUCACCGUUGCAGAGAAGCCGAUCGUUUAACGCAAUUUCCGGUCACGGCCAAAACCAUCAAAAUAAACAGAAUUAUUGCUUCAUCACUGUCCUUAUGUUAUUUUCUUGUUUCUUGUUGGUGCUUCUGCUCAAACAAGAAAUGAAAACCCAUUUGCUUCUUUAAAUGUGGUCAAAAUUUGAAAUAUCAAAAAACACACUAAAACUGUAAGAAGUCAGAAAGUCCCCCCCGUGCAAAAGUGUAACUCAUCUUACAUUCCCUUGUGUGUUGUGAGAAAAUGUUAGACAUGGACCCCAGCUUUCCGUUGCAUCAGUUGUAACUCGUGAUGGAAAUAAAAAACGCAGUUGUUUAAAA